AUGGCCAGCAGCGACGUCGUCCAGUGGGCGUCGACGACCUCCGUGUUCGGGGCUCCGGUGUCGACGGCCUCCGUGCCUGGACUCCGAACGCUCCCGCUCGCGGUCCUUGGGCACCCGCGAAAGGCUGCGGGUGAGACGCGAGUACCAGUUGUCGCCCUGGCAUCCACGAUGGUCGUCGUCGUCGUCACGAUGGCUGCCGUGGAUGUCAGCAGGCGGAGGGUCGUGGCGGUCGCGCGGCAUCUUUUCUCUAUCAACGACCCCGUAGUCCCACGUGUAUACACGAGGAGCAGCAGCACGUCCAUCUCUGCUCGGUGGGUCCUCCACCAGGUCAAGGUGCACCAGCACCCUGAAGGUGAGUCCCCGACGGCCGCGAGCAGGCUGCGAACUGUGGAACUCUGCCUUCCUGCACGACAAGGUCAGCUAGGUUACCUUUGGAAUGUCGGACGGGUUGUGAGUCUAGGCCCAGACACAGAGUGCCCUGGUGUCGGCACGGUCCAGCGAAGACUUCUCGACGUAGUCAAGGUCGCAAGCUUUGGCGACUGCCCUCUUGGCGAUGCUCUCGUUCCAGGCGUGAAGGGGGAUGCCCUCCAGGCACAGGCGAACGCGGUACUUGAGGUCGCAAAUGUCGUCGUGCGUGACCAGCUGCCACGGCCUUGUGUGGAUGUCGAGGUUGCGAUAGGGGAAGGUCCCCUGUGCCACAGCCUCGUCGCGGUGGUGCCGGUGCUUGAACUCGAUGAAGAAGUCUUCGGGGGCGUGCCUGACGACGGAAAUGAUGAGAGUGUAAGGAGCCGAGCACUCACUGAGGAGCAUGCACGAGAUAGCUUUGAAAACAUCCUAUUUAGUGUGUGCCGUUUCAGAGAGCUCACUGGAAGAUACCCACAAAACAUAACUGUUGUUAGCUAUGAUUUCAAGGAGGAACGGUUUGCUCAAUUGCACAGAACCGCACUCGGAUUCCCAGAAGGCAGAUUCUUCUUCACAGGUACACCAGCUACACCUUCCGCAAGGGAGGCUGCUCUGAAAGGUGAAGCAGCUGUCCGUUCUCAAUUCCUUGAAGACCCAUAUGGAUGUCUAGGAUCUCUUCAUGUAAAUAGGCUGAAGAGGGACCCGUUCCACCGUACCAUUCCAUACCCUGAUGGCUGCCCGGAGCUGAAGGGUCUGUUCUCCUAUUGUGGCCCGGUGCCUUACUCCGGGCACCUCCCUUGGACUGAAUAG